AUGUGUAACACACCGACUUACUGUGACCUAGGAAAGGCUGCCAAGGAUGUCUUCAACAAAGGAUACGGGUUUGGCAUGGUCAAAAUAGACCUGAGAACCAAGUCUUGUAGUGGAGUGGAAUUUUCUACUUCUGGUCAUGCUUACACUGAUACAGGAAAAGCGUCAGGCAACCUAGAGACCAAAUAUAAGGUCUGUAACUAUGGACUCACCUUCACCCAGAAAUGGAACACAGACAACACUCUGGGGACAGAAAUCUCUCUGGAGAAUAAGUUGGCUGAAGGAUUGAAACUGACUCUUGACACCAUAUUUGUACCAAACACAGGAAAGAAGAGUGGGAAAUUGAAGGCCUCCUAUAAACGGGAUUGUUUUAGUCUUGGAAGUAAUGUUGAUAUAGAUUUUUCUGGACCAACCAUCUAUGGCUGGGCUGUGUUGGCUUUUGAAGGUUGGCUUGCUGGCUAUCAGAUGAGUUUUGACACAGCCAAAUCCAAACUGUCACAGAAUAAUUUUGCCCUGGGUUACAAGGCUGCAGACUUCCAGCUGCACACUCAUGUAAACGAUGGCACUGAAUUCGGAGGUUCCAUCUACCAGAAGGUCAACGAGAAGAUUGAAACGUCAAUAAACCUCGCAUGGACGGCUGGCAGUAACAACACGCGUUUUGGCAUCGCAGCUAAAUACAAGCUGGAUUGUAGAACUUCUCUCUCUGCCAAAGUAAAUAACGCCAGCCUGAUUGGACUGGGUUAUACGCAGACCCUUCGACCAGGAGUCAAAUUGACCCUGUCCGCUUUAAUCGACGGGAAGAACUUCAACGCAGGAGGCCAUAAGGUUGGGCUGGGAUUUGAGCUGGAAGCCUAAUGUGGCUUUGAGUCAAGCAUCACAUUG